AUGGUAGAGUCGGCACACGCGGAUUCGGGCAACGGCGCCAGCGGCUCGAGCGGAUCUUCCACGCCGAGCGGUGUCAAGACGCCUGAUGUGCAGAUUGAAGUUGAGACGCUCAUCAUUGGUGCGGGCCCGGCAGGCGCCGCGUUGGCGUGUUUCCUCGCAUCACACGGCAUCAAGGGUUUGAUGGUCAGUAGAGCGCCGACGAAUGCAGAUACGCCGCGGGCUCAUAUUACCAAUGCCGCUGCUUUGGAAUGCCUUCGGGACAUCGGUCUGGAGGACUCGAUCCACAACCUCAGCACCAAGAAUGAGAAAUUCAUGAUGCACACACGGUGGUGCUACACCAUGGCUGGACGCGAGUACGCCCGCAUCUACUCCUGGGGCAAUGACCCGGCUCGCAAGGGCGACUACGAGCGUGCCAGCCCGUGCAAGCAUGUCGACCUCCCGCAGACGCUGCUCGAGCCCGUGCUCGUCCGGCACGCCGCCCUCAACGGCAUCACGUGCCGCUUCGACACCGAGUUCGUCAGCUUCGUCGACGAGGGCACCCACGUCGUGACGACGCUGCGCGACCGGCUGACGGGCGGCACCUACGCCGUCAAGUCGCGCUUCCUGUUCGGUGCCGACGGCGCGCGGUCACGCGUGCAGCAGCAGCUGGACCUGCCGCUGGUCAAGAAGCCGCAGCAGGGACUCGCCAUCAACGUGCUGGUGAAGACUGAUCUGUCUCAUCUGAUGGAGUCGCGGCCGGGCAACCUGCACUGGGUCUUCCAGCCGGAAAAGGAGCAUCCGGCUUUCGCAUGGCAAGCCAUCGUGCGCAUGGUCAAGCCGUGGACUGAAUGGAUGUUCAUCCUGCUCCCGGACCCUGCCGCAGGUGACGCCGCCGAGAAGGCGACAGAAGCAGAGUACCUCGCCCGCGUCCACGAGAUCAUCGGCGACUCGACGCCGGCAUCCAUCAUCAACAUCUCCAAGUGGUACAUCAACGAGACGUACGCCGAGUCGUACUCGGCCGGCAACGUCUUCUGCCUCGGCGACGCGGUGCACCGGCACCCGCCCUUCAACGGGCUCGGCUCCAACACGUGCAUCCAAGACGCCUUCAACCUGGCGUGGAAGGUGGCGUACGUGCUGCAGGGGCGCGCCGGAGCCGGCUUGCUGGACUCGUACUCGGCCGAGCGCCAGCCCGUCGGCAAGGGCGUCGUGACGCGCGCCAACGACGGCUUCCGCGAGCACUUCAACGUCUGGGACGCGUUGGGGCUCGUCCUGCCCACCCCGCAAGAACGCGCCGCCGCCAUCGCCGAGCUCGAGGCCUCCACGCCCGCCGGUAACGAGCGCCGCCGCCGCUUCCAGGCCGCCGUCGCCGCCACCGGCCGCGAGUUCCACGCCCUCGGCAUCGAGAUGAACCAGUCUUAUUCGUCCUCGCCCGCCGUCAUCACCGACGAGGGCGUCACCGGCGACGACGGCCUCCAGGAUCCGGCCGUCGACACGGAGCUCUUCUACGUGCCCAGCACCUACCCCGGCCGCCGCCUGCCGCACGUCUGGCUCAGCCGCGCCGUGCCCGACGGCCUCGUCUCCACCGUCGACCUCGCCGGCCGCGGCCGCUUCACCCUCUUCACCGGCGUCGGCGGCGGCGACACGUGGCGCCGUGCGGCCGAGAGUGCUGAGGCGGCCCUGCCCGGCGACGUGCGGAUACGCGUCGUGACCGUCGGCUACGGCUGCGAGUUCGAGGACCCGUACUUCGAGUGGGCGCGCGUGCGCGGCGUCGGCGAGGACGGCUGCGUGCUCGUCCGGCCGGAUCGGUUCGUCGCGUGGAGGGCGGACGGGGUGAGCGGCGGUGGGGAUGAGGAGGUGGAGAGGUUGGGACGCGUCAUGAGGAGGGUGUUGGCGAGGGCGUGA